AUGCAAUACACAAAGCUCCUCGCCCUAGCGGCCGUCUUCAUCACCAGCACUCUCGCAGCCCCCCUCGAUAUCGAAGCACGCGCCUGUGCCUCGACCUGCGGCACAAUCUGCUACACCAGCAGCGCGGUCAGCGCCGCAAAGGCAGCGGGCUACAAGCUCUACUCUGCUGGCAGCACGGUCUCCUCCUACCCGCACGUCUACCACGACUACGAGGGCUUCGUGUUCCCGGUCUCGGGGACAUACUACGAGUUCCCUAUCCUGAGCAGCGGCUCUGUGUACACUGGUGGGUCGCCUGGUGCGGAUCGCGUGAUCUUCAAUACGAACGACCAGCUUGCGGGUGUUAUCACACACACUGGGGCUAGCGGGGAUGACUUUGUUGCUUGUACUUAA